AUGAGACAGACGUGCUCGAGUGGAACAACUACAGGCUCAACUUCCCUGUUAAAGAAAAUUAGCAAAGUGGACACAAACACAGCGGAAACGUUCGUGCACACGGACUCCCAGUACUUUUUCAAGUGUUGUGGUGUUGUCGAGCAAUGGCAACUACACGCAGAGAAUCCUGGUACUGUGAACCUGCAGGUGUGGCGACCAGUAGGGUCAACACUUAAACUCAUGGGCCAGAAUACAUUUUACGUUGCUUCAGAAGGGACAAAGACGUUACCAGUUCCAGUUAGUGAAAGAGUUACAGUACAAUAUGCGGACUAUAUUGGAUGGUACUCGGACGCUGAGAUGAUCACAUAUAGCGACGGUUCUGCCUCCGACGCAUUUAGUCUUGCAAUAACAUAUGAUACAGCGUUCUAUUCCGGCGGGAGUGUGGCAAAUUGGGGGUCAGCAAACAGACAUUCUAACAGAUUAUAUGCUGUUCUCGCUGUUGUUACAGCCAGUGAGCGUACAUCACCAACGUUGUCAGAUUUAAGCAUUCCAAGAGAAUUCUUCCAGUACAAUCUUAGAGUUGGAGAUACCGUUCUUGUCGCCUACGUUUAUGACGUUGACAAACACGAUCUUGAAUACAUGACUUUCAUCAGAAUUGACGCCCAUGAUGCGUACUUUGAGAUGAAAGUAUCACAAAAUUCAACUCAUGCAUACGUGGAGUUUCUUAUUCUUAAUAUUCCACCAUUUGGGAACUAUACUUUUCAGUUUGAGGCAAAAGAUUCUUGCUUUAAUUCAGUUUCAGGAUCAGCGGAAAUUAUCAUUAAACGUCGGAAUUUAUCCAUCAAGAAUCUGCCGUACGUUGUGACUACACAUCUACAGAAGCCAGGCCCGCUGUCCCUCCGCAAACUUGUUGUCCAGACUGAUGCAUUAUUUACAUGUACAAUUGACUCUGUGAGCCCGGCCGUUCCUUCUGGCUUAAUAAUUAUAGAUACAUCGGGUGUCUCUGUCGUUGCUCCUCCUGUAUUAUCUGCCCCUGAAACAUACAAUAUUGGUGUAUUAUGUACUGAUUCCGAGGGAACCGAGGAUAAACAAACAUUGACUGUUAAUACAGUAAUAAAUACAGAGCCAAGAGUGGUCGGCUUUGUCGAUUCCGUGUUUGUUGAUGUUUUACAAACAUCAGUCAAUGAUGUUGUACAUAAAAAUGUUAUUGUUGAUGAUGAAGAUGAUGAGGUCGAUGUCCUCUACAUUUGUGACCAGAAUCCAUGUCCUUUCAAACUACUUAAGAGUGGUAACGUGAUCUGUAUUGACGACUUGGCCUCUGUGAAUGAGACAACAUAUACCAUGCACUUCGGAUUAUCUGAUGGAAAUCUGUUUUCUGAUGAAUAUAUUUUAAACAUAUAUUUACAAAAUUUUAACGUGGCACCGUAUAUAUCCAAUCUUUCACCAGGAAUAGACAAUACAAUAACUGUUUCGGAGACCACUGAAGUCGGAACCGACAUAUUCGAUGUUGACGGGAAAGAUGGCAACCCAUCGGAUAAUAUGUUCUUCAGUUUCCAGUUUGAUUCUCCAGAGGCAAAUACAUAUUUUGCUUAUUCUACAAAAGAUGGAACAUUAACACUAACAUCCCAGCUGAACUACACCUAUCUUCAAAGCUUUGGUUUGGAUAAGUUUUCUGUCAAAAUAAAUGUAACCGAUGGGCUUCUUACUUCAGAUGAUUAUCACUUGACCAUUAUUGUAAGUGUUUAUUAUUCUCAAGAACAAAACGUAAAACGGCACGAGUGUUACUAUAGAGAUUAA